UGAAGCCUGACUACAACAGUUUGCAUGACCCACACCUCCGUGAUUACUAUCACAGGAGGGACCUGAAUGACAGGCUAAAAAAAGGGAACUUCAUUACAGCAGACAAUGAGGUGAUAUGCUCUUUGAAGGACUACAAUACUUAUGAGGUUUACCUUGAAUGUCUCAAAGCAGUUGCAGACAAAACCUACCAUGAAAAACACAGUGGCAAGCUGCGGAAGUUUAUUGAGCUUCAGGAAAAGGGCCUCAUCCCAGCGAAACUGAGCUUUGCUGAAAUUGAGGCUCUUCUAGGGAAAAAUUCACAAGCGAAGCUCAAGGAUGACUGUCGGCAAAGCAAGGAGUGUCUCUACAGAGCGCUGGACAUGGAGAAGUUCAAGGAGGAGGAUCGUGCACGACUGAUGAUGUUUGAGAAUCAGUACAGGCAUGAACAUAAGAGGGAGAAGUAUCUGAAAGAUGGCCAAGAGCAGAGGGACAGGAAGAAACAAGCUUCAAUGGAAAAGAAGAGCGCCAGGCAGCAGAAGAAAAUUAUGAUGGAGUCUUGGGUGGUGAUGGAGGUGUGCACUGAAGGUCCUGCACGAGGGGAACGUGUGUGCCUACACCCAGGGAAACCAUGCGCCGACUAUCUGGAGCCAAACCCUGAAACAGCAGGCUCACCUGGACACAGUGCAUGUAAAACUGAUCGGGCUUCAGUGGACAACCGGGAGCAGACGGUUGUGGUGGAAUCUGAGAUAGUGAAUGAGGUGCAGCCUGAAGAUACCAAGCUAGGGGAACACCAGCGACUACUGCCAGCAAGACCGCACAUGAAGCAUCCGGAUCCGCACACUGAUACAACAAACUUGCAUGGACACCAGGCAUGUAAGGUGGACCAGAAACAAGCUUCAGUGCUGCGAGAAUGUGCCAUCCAGAAGAAAAAGUCCCAAGGGAAGAUAAUACUCACUGAGGAAUCCAAGAGAAUAGAGGAAUGUGUUAAUGAUACUGGGAACCCAGAUGAGAAAUUUCCGGAAGCACCAUGGCAGAAGCACCAGCCCCGGAGCUCCCAGCCAGAGAGACUGUGCACCGAGCUUCCAGCUUUGCAGUCCAGUCUCGCAAAAAUAUAUGGAAACAAGGGAAUUAGAGUGGAUCAGAGAGUGAAGAGCUUCCAAACCCGAGAGAAGGUGCGCUCCGUUGGGACAGAGGAGGCUGAGAGAGACGGGGAGGGAGGGAAUGAGAUUUCUUGCUACCCAAUCCCCCUUUUCCCCAGGGAGCGCGAGCCUUCCCUGGUCCAUCCCUGCCUCUUGUUUGGUCUCCAAGAUCCCGGCUGA